UAACAAACGGGUGUAGUAGACCUGUAUGUUGCCAAGUCUCUACUGGCACAUACGCUAGACACGUUGUAGGUUAUAGCAAUGGCUAAACACAUUUUUUAAAUAUAUUUAUAAUAACCGGAACACAUUGUAUGCCGAUCAUCUAUCCUACAAUGUCGGUCCAACACCCCGAAGGAGAGGACGCCGUUGAAGAAAGGAAAAGAUUCUUCAUUGAGCCAGAAUACGACUGGGACGAGGAGCAGGACAAUGUCGACAACCACAUACUUAUUUUACAAAAAGCCGAUGCACUGGCAUCAGAAAACCGUCUCAAAGAAGCCAUCUAUGUUUACUCGAUGGCCUUGAGAGAUGGUUCUGUAGGGCCGGAGCAGAUGAGCACUUUAGUGGAUUGUAUUCUGCGCAACUUUAAGAGAAAUCUGGAAAUUGAUGAGGCGCCUUCGGAACGAACGCCACAUAUUAUUGAUAACGCCGUGGAGGAGGACGUUUUUGACUGCCCGAAAUGUCAUAGAUUUCUAGGCGAGCCCGUGACUAUCGGCUGUGGACAUUCGUACUGUAAAAGAUGUUUACAACACCAGCCGCUCUCCAAAUGCAAGCUGUGUAGCGAGGUAGGAGGCAGGCCGACGGAGCUUAAAACGAAUGUGAUUCUAUUCGGACUGUUGGAAAAGUGGUUUCCCGAGGAGCUGAAAAGGUCUAGAGCUAUUAGUGAAAUUGAAGACCUGUCUAGAAGGAAACAUUUCGAGGAGGCCGUAUCACUAGCAACAUAUGUGAUUGAAUCUGAUCCUGGGGAUGAGGCGGUGCGGUGGUCACGGGUCAAGGCCUACACCGGGCUCCUGCAGUACCGAUUGGCCCUGGAGGACGCUGAACUCUGUCUUAGCUCCACCCACUCUGCAGAGGGUUUCUACUGGAAGGCCAAGGUGCUCCAGGACAUGGGCCAGGUUGACGACUCGUUGCAGGUUUUCCUCCACUGUCUGGCCCUGGACGAGGACUUCACCCUGGCCAAACGAGAGGUGGAAAAUAUACUGUGCGACCUGCUGUCUCCGGCCGGCGAGAACGUGAAGGUGGGUCUGAGGGAGACGGCGCAGAGCACAUCGCCUCGCCUGCGUAGUAAGAUUUCGGUAGCGGAUGCCGAGGCCAGAGCCCAACAGCAUCAGGCCGAAGCCAAACACUCUGCCCUGCACCAAGUCCAGGCUCGCACCUCCUCGGCACACCCUAGCACCGACGCACAGCACGAGAAGCCGGGUCGCUCAGGGAGCCUGGAGCGUUCGGGCCUCGGCCGCGCUCACUCGAUGCGAGCCCACGGGCCGGGGCCGGGCGGCGUGGAUGAGGGUCUUAAACGCGUCUGCUCCGCACCCCAGCUGGGGGACCAGGAGAAAGGCAUGCUGCUGAAGCGGAAGCUGACGUUCUCCGAGGGUGGACCCCACGUCGUCUACAGCCACGGGAGCAAGCACAAGAAACAAGGAGUGGCCUGUGGUGCGUCGACCCAGGGAGCCUCAGCCCGAGCUCACAGAGUCGUACCCAGAGACCUACUGGACCCCAACGACCUGGAGUGUUCCCUCUGCUUUAGAUUGUUCUACGAGCCAGUGACCGCGCCGUGCGGUCACACCUUCUGUAAAAACUGUCUGGAGCGUUGUCUGGACCACACUCCCCAGUGUCCUCUCUGCAAGGAGAGUCUCAGAGAGUAUCUGGCAGCCAGGAAGUACACAGUCACCAGUGUGCUGGACCGAGUGAUAAAGCAGUACCUGUCUAAGGAGCAGUCGGAACGGCAGAAGACUCACCUGGAGGAGACCCAAGAGCUUGCAGACCUGAUGAAGAAGGUGCCCAUCUUUGUGUGCACCAUGGCCUACCCGACCGUGCCGUGUCCCCUGCACGUCUUCGAACCGCGCUACCGUCUCAUGAUCCGCCGCUGCAUGGAGGCCGGCACGCGCCAGUUUGGGAUGUGCAUCAACGACGCUCAGAAAGGUUUUGUGGACUACGGCUGUAUGCUGAUCAUCCGGAGUGUCCACUUCCUCCCAGACGGGCGUUCCGUGGUGGACACCGUCGGAGGGAAGAGGUUCCGGGUGCUGACCCGCGGGAUGAUGGACGGGUACUGCAUCGCCGACAUCAAGUACCUGGAGGAUACCAGGGUGAGCGACAGCGAGGAGUUGACCCAGCUGCAGCAGCUGCACGACGCCGUUUACGAACAAGCGCACACCUGGUUCCAGAACCUCAACAACCGCUUCAGCCACCAGAUCCUUCAGCACUUCGGCGCCAUGCCCGAGAGAGAGCCCGACAUCCAGGCGACUCCCAACGGUCCGGCUUGCUGCUGGUGGCUGCUGGCCGUGCUGCCCAUCGACCCUCGCUACCAGCUGUCGGUGCUUUCCAUGACCACGCUGCGCGAACGCCUGGUCAAGAUCCAGCACAUCCUCUCCUACCUGCAGAGCAUCCCCAACGAGUAGAAGAGUAGAGCUCCACCCGACCACAACUACUUCGGACAUCCUGGUUCCGACACCAUGUACCUCCAUACCAGAUCAAACAACCAAACAGCUGAGGCGGCGUCUGCCACAAAGACAUCCAUGAGACGUCAAUGAGACAUCUCCCUGAGGAGGCAGAAUCACACAGCACUUCUGAGACACCAGCAAGAUCCCACUCACAUAAGCAGCUAGCUUUAGCAGCACUACAACUACCACACACCAGCUAGCUACAUCGACGAGAAGCCACAGACUGCUGAGGUGAUCGGCCGAAUUCUAAGAACUGGUCCUCCUCUCUCUCGCUGUCUCUGUCUAUCUCUCUGUCUGUGUGAUGUUGGUGAAAACAAAAAAAAGUCCUUUCUGUCUAUACUCAACAGUGGCACCAGCCACCCUCAACACCUGCUACUGUCAGCUUGGUUACCAGAGAGAGAAAGAAAGGGAGAGAGAGAUUGGUGAAGAGAUGUCUCCAUUUGUCUUGUCUGCUCAAGACUACCCAUGCAGCCUCGCUGUCUCGAUUCGGCCACUGUUGAUGGUAGAAGGGAGUGUGUAUGUGUGUGUGUUUGUUUCUAUGGGUGGGCCGUGCUUCUGUGCAAAUCCCAAAUGCUGAAAUUGAGUCAGACAGAGAGAGGGGGUUGGGUGGAUGAAUUGUAGAAGGUUGGUGGUAACAAAUGGAGGGAGGGGGUUACUAGAAUUGCUUGUGUACUACAAAGCCCAACAAGUGGGAUGGUGCAGCCUUCCAACAACAAAAACAAAAAAGUGUGAAUCUUACUCUUCUGAGCAGUAAGGCCCUCUGUCACUUCACUGUCUACUAAAUGCACAUCUUCCUUCACCGCUGCCACCGAGCGGCAGUGGACCCUCGUGAAAAAGAGAGCUUCCCCCUUUUUUUUAUUAUUAAUGUCUCCAAGUUUGUACUUUUUCAUCCAUGUUUUGUUUUCUUCCAAGACUUCAGAAUGAAAACCCUUUUGGCAGCCAUUUUGUCCGGUCUGUAGUAUAGCUACAGAUGUGGGACUGUGGUCUCGCAACGCUCCCAACCUCUGUUCUCUUAACUGUUUUUUUUUUCUUCGCUGAAAACGAGGCAUAACUCCCAAAAAAUCCAGACUUCCAAUAAUACGUUACUCUGUGGUUUUGUUGUCGUUUCUCAGUGGAUAACGGAACCUCUUGAAUCCCGACAGCUUAGUCUUUGAUUUUGCGUUAGGGAUGUUUCCCAUUCCGAGUUAUCGAUUCUUGAGAAACCUCAAAGUCAUCCAUGUGACUCGAGUGUUGUAUUUCCUGUCUCUCUCAAAAGUUCCAACUUCCUGUUUAAAUUCAAUGUAAACUGAAGUCAUUUUUAAGGACAGAUAUUUAAAUAUAUAUUUUGACAGUAUGUUUGUAUGUACAAAAUCACAAAAGGGGAACUUGCAAUAUUUUGACGCAGUAAAAAGGAGAAAGAAACAACACUAUACAAUUUUCUGUGUUCCGCACUGCAAGGGUUAAAGGUCACCCUGUUGUCAAGUAAAAAGCAGUUGCCUGCCUUUUUUCGGGAAAAAUGACUAAUAUAGGUGAAUAUAUCUAUGGUGGUCGAUUUCGCAGACAAAUUUUUGCCUUAUACCAUUUUUAGCAUUUUGCUUUGAAUGGCACAGUGUGACGCCUUGGUUAGCAUUCCUUUUGCCGUACUAGUAAUUAUGAUAUUUGUAUUAAUUAUUUGUCUUUUCUUCAGCCGCCUCAUGGCCCGAAUCGUUCACGGUGUGUAUAAUGUAUGUCAAGUCGCGGCUUUGUUUUGUUUUAAAUCAUUUUGUUUUUGGACAGAUCAUGCUUUUCUUUUUUUUUUCUCGAAUGUUUUAAGUUAUCAAUUUUCAAUAAUAAAUUAACUCGUUUUUUUCAA